AUGCAGACGGUGUGUGAAAGGUGUGGAGUUUCCCAUCCUUUUGAGCAUUGUAUGGCAGCAGAGGUGAAUAAUUCUAUCCAUAUGGAGCAAGUGAAUAUGCUCGGAAGUUAUAAUAGGCAAGCCAACAACCCUUUUUCAAACACUUACAACCCAGGGUGGAGGACUCACCCUAUUUUUUCAUGGAGAAAUAAUCAAGGCCCUCAACAACAAUCUCAGCAGCCCAUGUCUCAAGCUCCAUCUCAAGAAAUGUCACAACCACCGGUUUCUCAAGAGAAGGCUAAUGAAUUACAAGCUGCAUUGUUAACCUUAACCAACACUCAGACUCAGUUUAUGACUGAAAAUAGAGCAUCCACCAGAAAUCUAGAUAGUCAAAUUGGUCAAUUGGCAAGUAUGUUGGAUAACUGGCCCCAAGGGACUUUGCCUAGUAAUACUGUAGUAAACCCAAAGGAGCAAUGCAAUGCAAUAUCCUUGAGGAGUGGUAAUGAGUUAGAAGAGCUAGUCAAGAAGUCUAUUCUGUUACCAAAAGUGGCUGAUGAUAAGAAGAAUAAGGUGGAAGAAAAGGUUAAUGAGAACCUUGAGAAGAAGCAGUCACCUGUGAAAGCCUUAGAACAAAUGCCGAGUUAUGUGAAGUUCAUGAAGGAAAUCUUGUUGAAGAAAAGGAAAUUAGAGGACUAUGAGACAGUGGCACUUACUGAGGAGUGUAGUGCAGUACUUCAAAAGAAACUACAUCCCAAGCUUAAAGAUCCGGCUCGACCUACUACUGUGUCCUUACAAAUGGUGGAUCUUUCAGUUAAACAUCCUCAUGGAGUGAUUGAGGAUGUACUAGUAAAGGUGGAUAAGGUCAUCUUCCCUGCAGAUUUUAUUAUUCUUGAUAUGGUGGAGGAUGAAAAUAUUAUGAUUAUUCUUGGAAGGCCAUUUUUAGCUAUUGGUAGAGCACUAAUUGAUGUUCAAAAGGGGGAGGUGAAGCUAGUUGAUGUGGUAAAUAACGAGGGUGAUAAGUUACAAAUCACUAAGAAGAAAUUAAUGGUUGAAGGAGGAAUGCGAAAAAAUCAUCAUAGAGUGAAAAGGAUCAUUAGUGAGAAAGCUUGA